CGGUUUAACGCUUCCCCCGUAUCAUCGCAAUUAAAAUAUAUCAAGCAAAUUUUCAUUUUUUGUCGCGCUAAGAUUUUGGUCUUUAUACACGUAUGAUUUUAGCAAUAUGCAAGUAACAAAAUAAACCCCCCAGGUUUAGGAAGUUUGGCAAUAUGCGUCGGACUUGUGUGGUUUAUUUCCGGACGACAAUAGAGAAGGGACCAGCUCAAUUUAUGGAGUUUCGAAAAACAGUUUUUCUGUGAGAGUUCCUCUCCGAAGCAGUUUGAACAAAAUGGGGAACUUUAGAGCAUUUCUGAGCACAACACUGAUCUUCCUGAUACUCGAGUUGUCUCUUGUGUGCUGUGAUAUAACGGACGGAAACGCGGAACAUCUGAAGAGAGAGCACUCGUUAAUGAAACCGUACCAAGGUGUUGGCAGCAGCCCUACCAGUCAGUGGGACUUCUGGGGAAGCACUUUAGUGACGAGCUCAUAUGUCCGACUCACUCCAGAUGAGAGGAGCAAGCAGGGAUCCAUCUGGAAUACUGUGCCAUGUCACCUGAAGGACUGGGAGAUGCAUGUGCAGUUUAAAAUUCAUGGAUCAGGAAAGAAGAAUCUCCAUGGCGACGGCAUCGCUAUCUGGUACACGAAGGACAGACUGCAUCCAGGCCCUGUGUUUGGAAACCAAGAUCAGUAUCUUGGCCUGGCUAUUUUUUUGGAUACCUUCCGCAAUGACCUCCACGGAAUGGAUCGUUCCUUCCCGUACAUUUCGGCUAUGGUGAACAACGGCUCAGUGAAUUACGACCACGGCAAAGAUGGCCGCUCGUCUGAGCUAGGAGGCUGCUCUGCUGAGAUCAGGAACAGGGAGCACGACACGUACCUCGCCAUUCGCUACUCCAAAGGAAGACUUACUGUGAUGGUUGAUGUGGAAGACAAGAAUGAGUGGAAGGAGUGCAUCGACAUCGGAGGUGUUCGUCUUCCAACUGGAUAUUUCUUUGGUGCCUCAGCAGCUACAGGAGAUCUCUCUGAUAACCAUGAUAUCAUCUCUAUGAAGCUCUACCAGCUGAUGGUGGAACACACCCCCGAGGAGGAGAACCAGGACUGGACCAAAAUUGAGCCCAGCGUCAGCCUUCUCAAGUCCCCUAAAGACAACAUUGACGAUCCUACUGGAAACUUCCGAGGCACGCCCCUCACUGGCUGGAAGGUCUUCCUGCUUCUGCUGUGUGCUCUGCUGGGAAUCGUAGUGUGCGCUGUGGUGGGAGCUGUAGUUUUCCAGAAGAGACAGGAGAGGAACAAGAGGUUUUACUGAGGAGUAGAAAGAAGAAACUUAUCAGAGAGGCGUUUGUUGGAAUGAACUGUUUCCAGGCGACAGAUUGAGCACAUUCAAUGUGAAUUAUUUUCUAAAGAUUGUAAAAAUGUUUAUAUCUUUGAAGCACUGUGUUGGGAGUGAAUAAUGACUUGUGAUGUUGGUAAGAAGGUGCAGAACUAGUGGCGAUCAUUAUGAGUGACCUUGAUCAAUGCUGUUUUUGUUUCCAUGUGUUCAUUAAUUGCAGGGUUAGAAUAGACUUACAGUCCAUUACAAACUUUUGAUUGUGUUAACAUCCGCUUAUUGGUUAAAGAGGUGUCUCCAGCCAAUUACCGCUUUUAUCUGCUGCAGAUGUGGCACUACAUAAGAGUGAACUGGGGCACCAAAGGGGAAUUUAGGUUGAAAUUUUUGUCUUCCAGGUUUUACCUGAUUAUUUACCAUGAAUUAUUUAUUGGAAGAAGAAAGUAUCUCCACAUGUGCGCGCACACACAGACAAAAAAAUCUGACAAAACAACAUCAUGAAGUAACUGUGGCAACCAUCUAAAAUUAAAGUUGAGUGCGUGUGUUUUAACCCAUGGAAAGAGUGCAGAGUUGUAUUUGUUGAUUUAACUUUGUGUUACUGUCGCUCUCAUUCUCACAUUUCAAAAAUACAAUUUAGCUUUAGCAAUUUUAAAACAAUUAAGAAUAAGAAGAGAAAUUAAGUUAGAACAUGGUCUCCACUAUAUAUUUAGGAAAGACCAGUAUGCAGUGGUUAUCUAGGGGGAUAUAUUAUGGAAAAGGUUUUCUUGUCAGAAACCACUGUGUACAUAUACAACAGUAUUGAGCGUAGGGCUGUAACUUUUCAUUGUCUGUUAAUCUUUUUAAUUUAAUAGAUUAGUUGUUUGGUCAGAAAAUGGUUAAAAAAUGCCAAUCAGUUUUUCCCAAAGCCCAAGAUGACUAAUCAAUUAAUCGUUAGAGCUUUAAUUAGCAAGAUAAGUACAGUGCAUAACAACCACCAGAAUAAAAGCUCAGCAAAAAGGAUCACCACCUUGGAUUUUCUGGUGAUGCAGUUAGAUUUAUAAUGUGGGUGUUGCUCUUUUUCCGUCUGCUCAGCCAUGUUAACUAUCUCUGUCCAUGUUACCAAACUAGUUCUCCAGUUGUGAAAAUGUUAUGAUUGUCACUCUAUGUCUGUAACGGACAACGAUGUGAUGGCAUAUUCUUGACACAAACAGUAACAUUUUGCAUCGUUAUAAUACUGUCUAAAGUCUGGUAUAUACGUAUGGAUGAUGUCUUGUGAGGCUUCUACUACUUAACACAACUUCUCCAUAGUUCAAUGCAACAGGAUGAGGCCACUUGAAAGGGUUCAGUGUACAAGUGGAUGGAUCUUGAAAACUGAACAACCUCAAACCUUUACGCUGAAAUAUUUUAUGCUUUUUUUCCCUGCAGGGUCUUUUGAGCAGGAUUAUGGGGUUUUAUCCAGAAUAUGCCUUUCUUAUUAUAUAUAAUUCAAUUAUUAUGUAUACAGAAUAUUAGAAUUAUUAACUGCAACAUAAAAAAACAAGUGUGACUGAUAAAUGCACGCAGACAGUGCUAAUUAUAAAGCUCAUUCAAACUUACAGAGGAAGAGUUGUUGAACCCUGAGGUUUGGGAAUUGAUCGUUCAAAAGGCACAUUUACGCGAGGCUUUAAUUUCUUGCAAUAUCUUGUUUCUUUGUUGUUGGUUUUCUUUAGCUACCAUUUCCACAAUGUUACUGUCCGAUUCUGUCUUUAUGUUGUUAAACAACACUUAAUAAAAAUGCUAAAAUGCCAAAAGUAAAAUUGGAUUUGAUGACACACUAAAACUGCACUGCUGAAAUGCAGAUUUGUUUUUUAACUUUUAGCUUGACAAAGCCUUUUUAUCACUUUCCCUGUGUUCUUGAAACGUUAUGUUAUUGUUUGUGCCACAUCAGUCAGUUGUGUGAUGAUACUUGAAACGGCUCCUCUCUUUAGAAAUAAUGUAUUAAAAUGAAAAAGAAACAGUUUGACUGUGAAUUGUGGUGUUUUAACCACCAUUUAAAUUGGAUUCUCAGAAAAUACACCCUGGUAUUCAGGCAGUACAUGCAUCUCCCUUAAAUGCACUAACAGACACUGGAUUACUAAAGGGCCAUCGAAGAAAAUACUUUAGGUCACGAUGCCCCAUUUUUUAAAGAGCUACGUUAUUAUAUUAAUUGAUAUAACUUAUAAACAGUAUUUUAAUGUUGUAGCAGUAGGGCGGAUUUAUCAGUAACGAUGUGUGAUAUUUCAGAAGAUCACAUGAUUUGUUUGUAAAAUCAGCUGCACAGUAGCUGUUGGAUAAAUGUCUUUGAGUAAAAACAAAACAAAUGUACAGUCUGUUAAUCUGAAAUAUAGAGGAGUGGAAAGUGGCCCAUACAUUAUAAUGAAAAUACUCCAGUACAGAACAAAAGUAAAUUGUAUUAACAGUAGUUGAGUUAGUUACUUUUUACCAGUGAUGGAAAGUAAAGAAGUAUGUUUACUGAAAUAAACCAACUCCUGGAGUUUACGCUACUUAGCUAGCUAGCUAAAGCAAAGGAAAAAAAACAAAUCUGCAUGCCAUUUAAAAAAUGGCGGUCACUUAUUGCUUGUGAGGCGUGGCACAGUAAGUAUAGGGCAGGGCGAACUGUAGAUGCCCCACCCACUCUUCCGCCCUAUACCCACAGUUCUCUGCUCAUCAGCUGAACACCUGAUGCAGUCACAUAAUUAAGCUUCAGCAAGGCUUUGUAGAGUUUCUCAUUAAACCACCUGUAGACUUCAGUCGCGUUUCAAGCUGGAGUUUCUUUCUACUUCUGUUACUCUUUCAAAACUGUUUACUGAGAUGCAGAAGAGGAUCACUGCUGUGUUUGUUAAAAUGCUGAUCACAAGUUCUCUAUUCACUUGCUGUUUUUCUGCUUGGCCAUAAACCAAUGAGACCGGUUGUUGUCCUCCCAUGUCCAUCUGCCCAUGUGCAGCAGGACUAUUUGUUUCGGUGUUAAAUGUGAAAUAAUUUCUUAGUAUCAGCAGAGAUUUUGUUGUUGUUUGACAGGUGCAUUGUGAUGCUUUCAUGCUGUUGAUUUACAUGGUGGUGAACUAUGAGUAAGUUGCUGUUGUUGACUCUGUAACAACGUGUAGUUCAAGGUGAUUGGUUUCAAGGAUGUAAGGAUCUGUGCAUUCAUGAUUUGUAUUCACUUAAAUAAAUCCGUUCCACGUGA